AUGGGUAGGCAAUUGAAACGAUCAUCUUUUCCACGCUCCCAUUGCUCGUCAGUCUCAUCGAGCGAAAGUGGAACGAACCUUAGCUCAUCAAAUCGCAGCGAUAGCAUGGAGGAAAGUCCAAGUCCAUCAUUCGUGUGCGAUAGAUGUCACAAGUCUUUUGCGCGUGAGGAUCUACUUCGUCGGCAUCAGAUCCGUGAGGCGCGUGCAUUGGCAAACCCUUCAGUGGGUCGUCAAAAAAGUUGUUAUGCAUGUGCCAGAAGCAAGGCUCGCUGUGACCUAGGAUACCCAUCGUGUGAGCGGUGCCGGAAACGUCAGAUUGCUUGUGUAUACGCGCCUCAUACAGGCAACCCCAAUGCGAGACGUGCGCGUGAACAAGAGCUUCAUCAAAUACAUACGCAACCGACGAGAGAUACGUACGGCACACCGUACCCUGUCUCUAAUGUGCCGGUGAUGGGUACAAACUUAUCGGAAUCAGCGUUUCGACCACUCAACCAACUUAUGCCUUGGAACAACAUGUCCAAUGUCAGCUUGAGUAUGCAUUCUUCUCAAAAUGUCACGGAUACUUCUGGUGAUGAGAGUGAUGGUAACAUUACGACCGAUUCGCUUGAAACGAAAUUUGCCAGUAAUCGUUGGGAUUCCUCUGCCGGUGUUGGUCCACAUGUAGCCACAUCGUCCGCACCAUCGACGCAUGCCGCUCAAGGAGCAUUUCCUUAUGGGGUGGGUCCCUCGCAAUGGAAUUCGUACGGGCAGCCUCCUGUUUUGUCAUCACAAGCCGCUGACGCACGGUCUUCUUACCCUGACAAGCAUCGUGCAACAUCACCUAUUCUAGGAAACAUGUUCCAAGCCUCUUCAAAUACAGGUCUUGGUGAGCUUGUACUACCUUUAGCAUCGCAAUCUUCGCAAUCACAAUCGCAACCGCUAGCAUCCUCUUCGCUACCUGGUGGGCUAAUGUCCGCCGCGACUUCAAAAAUGGAGCCACCGUCGAUCAGCUUUGGUGCAAGCAAUCUGGCAUCAAAUAAUGAGCGAGAACCACGCCGAAAGAGCACAACAGAACUUACUCAGAUUUGCACUUCGAAUCUCUCCGUUCCCAAUAAUAUGACAUCCUCUUGUACUCCCACGAGGCUGAUCAACAUGUCACUAUUUUCGCCGGCACACUUCGGCUCCCUAUUUGGCUCGAAUGAACUGAGCAUGUGGCUCGAUGAGCCUGUAGCGCCAUCGCCCAUGUAUGAAACUGGUGCAUGCACAGGUUGGACAGGUCUCAUUUCAGCCAUCGAUACUGGGCGCACACCUACAGCCAAUUCCACUCGCAUGGGUUUGAUUAAAGGUCCACGACAGGAAGAAGAAGCAAGCGCUCAGCGCUCGUCCACUUCAGCGCCAGCGCUUAUAAGCUCGGUGGACUGGUGGGCGCAUGACUACGGUGCUCAGCGGCGAUUUCAUCGUUAUACGCUAAUGUCAUUACCAGCAGCGAGCUUGAUACGCUCUGAUGACUGUCGUUCCACUCUUAGUGCAUCAGUAAGCUCGCGCUUCUUAACGUAUUGUUCUUUCUUGUGUCUUCGUGAUCCGGGCGCACCGCAACCCCCGUUUAUGCAUCGGUACAUGCUUCUUUCACAACGCGACAAACUUCCAGCGUCACUCUCUAUUGCUCGUUCUGCGCUUUCUGCGCUCGCGAUGCGACUUCCCACGAGUGAAGAGUGGGCUUGGCGCCAGGUCGGUGUCGAGCUAGGUGUGCUAGUGGGCCAAGCGAGCAGUCUGGUCCGGCAGUACAGACCUGGUCAGGCAGAGGCAACACCCUUAGAGAAGCAGCUGUGGUUCCAGCAGGCUACGUCAUGGGAUGGAUGCUGGGAGUGUCUUUCUCUGCUACAGGCCAUGUGGUGCUACACGGUUGUUGGAUCGUUUAGCGACUCUAUGGAUCGUGCCCAGAAAACGCCUACAUUCUGUAGUGCACAGAACGUGUGGGAUCCAGGCUUAUUGGACACGGCCGUGGAAAUGCUGGAACAGCUGAUGUGCAUUCUUGCCACCAUCGGAGUGACACUGCAAGCCCAAAUGUGGAAAUCUAAUGUCGCAUCGAACAAGCCUGGUCAGGGCGACACGUUCGAAUUUCUUUGGUGGGGUUUGUGUGAUUCAAUUCGCCGCACUGUGCUGGCUACACAUGCUCUUCUUGUCUUGUGGCAAUACACACGAUCCAGCUCGCCGGGAAGCCAAGGCGCGUUGCCGAGCCUUGGCAUGCCGUUGAUCUCCGCGGGCUUCUCAUCUGCCGCGUGGAAAAAUGUGAUGACGCUCGAACUGCCUGCAGUAGCCGCUGUGUUUGAAGCCGAUAAUGUCACGCAAUGGCGCCAGAUGCACAGUAAGAAUCAAUGGCGAGCAGACCAGCCACCAUUGAAUUUGGCUACGUUCAUGCAAUAUCGACCCUUGCCCAAUAAAGAGAACUCUGAUAUACCAUUUUCCAUUACUUCCUACUUUCAUCAACAUGACGAAUUCACCAACAUUUGCAUGUCGACAUUGUUCGGACUCACUGAAUCCUGUUGA